AUUUGACCUUAAUUCAUUGAUUCUGAUGCAUACCGCUAGAGGGACACGAUGUAACAUUAUUAGUACUCGAGUCGUGAAAGACGUAUGAGUACAGUAUCACUUAGCUAGAUAGACCCAUCAGUUUCACAUUUCUGCGUAUUUAAUUUAUCAAUGUCAAAACUACUGGAAAUGCGGUUACCAAGAUUUAAUAGCAUUGCAUGACUUCUUUUCAGGAAUAAGGAGUUUUGCCAUCGCUGAUCAUUUUUCAUCAAUUAAGUUGCUGUGCUACUGCUGAGGUGAAGAUGAAGAAAUUAUUUGCCAACUUCUCCAACAAGAUGCGAGCACCAAGUAGUGCACCAGACAGCGGUGGUCCAACCACUGCUGGCUACAAGGUGAAAAAAAGGAAGAUGGAAAAUUUGCACAAGGCUGCCUGGAUGGGUGAUGUGGGCAAGCUGCGAUGGCAUGCCAUGUGCAAUAAUGACGUUAAUAAGGUUGACAAGCACAAUAGAACUGCGCUUCACCUGGCUUGUGCCAACGGACAUGCUGGGGUGGUGGAUUUCCUCCUCAGUAAACAAGCCAAGAUCAAUCUAUUCGACAGCCAAAAGAGGACCGCCUUGAUGAAGGCGGUGCAAUGCCAGAAUGAUCUGUGUGUGAACAUUCUGCUGGAGAACAAAGCUGAUCCCGACCUGAUGGACGCAGAUGGAAACACAGCCCUACAUUUGGCCGCCAAAAUCCCGUCACUCUCCUGCGUCAUCAUGCUCGUGAAGAAGGACGCUGACCUGAAUGUGAAAAAUCUGAAAGGCCUUUCACCCUUGACUAUGGCAGUCCGUGGAGACCACAUUGCAGUGACCGAGUUUCUCUUGAGGAAAGGCGCUGAUGUUAAUAUUUUAGACAAACACCAAAGGUCACCAUUAAUGAUCGCUGCAGCCAAUGGACAAAUGGACAUGGUACGAAUGCUCUUAUUGUUUAAAGCCGAUUUUACACUGAUGGAUAACAAAGGACUAUCGGCUGAGGACCACGCUGUGGCGAAUGGCCAUCGACCCUGUGCCUUCCUUAUUACUGAGCACGGAACCAAAAGGAACCAGGCGCUCUCCCGGGCUCCUGCAGCUGUAUGUGAUGAGACCAUCAAAUUCGAGCCGGAUCACCCAAACGAAGCCCUCGAAGCUUGGGAAGGACCAUCCACUAGCAAAGAUGGUAUCUUUUCACCGAUUGCUGAACUUGUUGAUGCAAGAGCUGAGCAUUGUAUAAAUGAGGAACUUCGGAUUCAACCAAAAGAGACUGACCUGAACAAAUGGGGGCUGCUUUUAAGCAAAUGUGAAGAAGAAAGCCUCGAAAAGCUUGAACUUAUGGAAGAGCUAGGUCUUGGACAAUUUGACUGUAACGAAGAGAUGGAUAAAUCUAGCAAUACCGGUCAUGGAAAUCUGCCUGCAUGCAAAGAGGAAUUUCAGCCCAGUCCAUCUCUGAAAGAAGAGGUGGUUUAUGUGUCUCCAAAAGUGCCCUUUGCUCUGCCAGUAACAAUCAGCCCCGACGACACAAAGGUUGUCGCAUCUCCUACUUCACCUGCACAUCUCCAUUCCCCAAAUGUGAUUCUUCAAGAGAGCGACGAAUCAGAUUGGGAUGAAGACAGUUUGAUUUCAUUUUGUAAUGAGACCAAAACAGACAAACAGCAGCUUCGGGAAGCACUUAGAGGAGGCGGCAACGAAGUCUCAACACUGGAAAGUGACGGCAAAAAUAUUUUUUCUUCUGACAAGCUACACCAACAGGAGGCAGCUCUACGUGGGAUCUGCAAUGAGAAACUUAGUGAAGAAGAAGAAGAGGAGGAGGAGAAAUCCAUCUUAAGUAAUGUUGUUCAAAGUUUUAGGGGGAUGUUCAAUGUACUGUCCAAAUCAGUAAGCAUUCAUGAAGAAAAGCAGGGUGACGCCACCUCGCCCUAUGAAGAGUCAAGCGAUGAAGAGGAUGUGCAGUCACUUCGGUCAGUUCAUCUACCCCACCAUUGGCUGUCUGGAUCAGAAGACUUUGUAGUGGAAUCCUCCGGUAGGGCCCUGGAAGAUGAGAAGAUACCAGACUGUCAGUUGCCCGGUAGUGAGAUCAUCAUGCUUCGGGAAGUAGAAGCACCACCCCGGAGUGAGACUCCAGAGUCGCUCACCAAGAAGAAGGAGAGCAGUGUCGACUUUGCCACCACAGGUUUCCCUGCUGGUCACGACACAGCCGACGACACCAAAGUUGGGCCUUUUCACAGCAUUCAGUUAGAAGAACCUGAGGUGGCCCACGAGACUCCUUUGACAAUGGCGAAUCUCAGUGCUCCCUCUGACGCAGGUGGAAGGGCAUCAGAGGGGCCUACAAAUGAGCAACCUGAGACCAGGUUAGCCGAUCGAACUGAACCCUCUCCACAAGUAGAGAAAGCUGUCACCUCUCAGAGCGUGGAGUCGCAACUCACACAUGAGCUGUCCUUGGACAUCAGACUCGAUGGCCAGGUAGAAGAAUCACAACUCGAACAUCAGGUGUCCUUGAACAUCAGACCCGAUGGCCUGGCAGAAGAAUCACAACUCGCACAUCAGCUGUCCUUGAGCAUCAGAUCCGAUGGCCUGGCAGAAGAGUCACAACUCACACAUCAGCUGUCCUUGAACAUCAGACCCGAUGGCCUGGCGGAAGAAUCACAACUCACACAUCAGUUGUCCUUGAACAUCAGACCCGAUGGCCUGGCAGAAGAAUCACAACUCGCACAUCAGCUGUCCUUGAGCAUCAGAUCCGAUGGCCUGGCAGAAGAGUCACAACUCACACAUCAGCUGUCCUUGAACAUCAGACCCGAUGGCCAUCCAGAGGAAUCACAACUCGCACAUCAGCUCACCUUUGACAUCAGACCCGAUGGCCAGGCAGAGGGCAGCUCCCAGCUGACUGUGGUUAGCGAAGCACGUGGCAUCCGAGUCUUUCAGAGCAACGGUGGAAUCUGCAGGGAUCUCUUUGGGUUUGACGGCACCUUAAGCGAUCUGUCGGAAGAUGACAGAAGGUGGCAAUCGGCGGAAUUUCUGAAAAGAACACCAAGCACUCUCACGACCACUGAAGAUGACGAGAUAUCCAAAGAUACCGAUGAUGCCGGCAUUUCAGAAGACUCCGACAUUGCCCUCCACGUUCGGAAACUGGAUGCAGUCACCACAGACUCCAGGAGUAAGAAGAAUCUGUGGGACUUCGAUGAGCGCUACUUGCUGAAAGCAAAUGGUCAUCAUAGCGCUUUAAGAGAGAGGCUGAGACAACUGGAAAUUGCAAAUCCUGUCUUGGAGCAAAUCAACAUGGAGUUGACAGCUGAUGUCACAAACCUCACAGUUCAGCUGACAACGGCCAUGAAGACCAUCGUGUCGAAGGAAAGUGUCAUUAAGAAGCUUGAGGAGGAUCGGAAUCAGGCCGAAAAGCUUUUGGCGCAGAAUCAUAACACGCUGAAUGCACUCCAUCAGAAGGUCAACAGUCAACAGAUCAAGCAGAAAGAGACGGAAGAGGAGUGCAAAAGGAGUAAAAGUAACGAGGAGCAACUGAGAACCGAACUUGAGGUCUUACAGACCGACAGCAGCACCAAACAGAGAGACCUCGCCGAGGAGAAUGAGGACCUCAAGGACCAGGUCGAAAAUCUUCGGCACGAGCUCAGCCUUGUACAGCACAAUGAGAACCAAAAUGCCAUGGACUGGAACAAUACGAUUACCUUAUUAAAGUAUGAGCUCAAACUAGCGACUGACCGCCUGGAGAUGGAGCAACAGGCCCACAACACCUUAGCGGCUGAGGCUCAGUUGACCCACAGCCGCCUGAUUGAGGCUGAGCGAGCUCGGUCGGAAAUGGAGAAAGCUCUGCUUCAAGAGAAGGAUGAACACCAGCGCCUUGCGAGCGAAGUAUCCUGUCACCGCGAAGCCGUCAACAAACUGUCCCUGAAGCUGUCCAAGAUGAAGGCACACGCAAACACUAUGGAGAGCGAUGCACGUCGAUACGAGGCCCAGAUGGUCGAGAAGACCAUGCAGCUGAACAGCUUGCAGCGCGAGAGCGAGCAGACAGCGUUGCACGUUAAGGAGCUGGAAGCCGCUCUGCAGGCCGAGAAGGAGCUGGCUGCUCGAGCUGCAUCGCGCCAAGAGAGCACUCAGGAGCAGCUAAACCAAUUUCAGAACGAAGCCACGUUGCUGCGGCAGCGGCUGGAGGAGGCGCAAAGCAAAGCCGUUGCAAAUGAGAAUGCUUUGACAGAAGCCCAAAAGAGUUUCAAUGACACGUCGUUUAAGGUUCGCGCCGAUUGCGAGGAAAGGGUGCAACAAGCGCAGGUGGGGCUCAAGGAGCUCAACUGGAAGGUGACUGAACUCGAAACUCUCGUUCGUAAACUAGAGCGGGAGAAAACGGAGAGACAGACUUGUCAGAGGCAGCUGCAGCAGGAGUUGGAUGACUCAUUAAAGAAGCUCUCAAAGUGUGAAGCUUCUUUGGAAUUCAGCACACGGUAUCGCACCGAUUUGGAAGAGGAGAAAACGCGGCUCCUCCAUGACAUUGAAAAGCUUAAAGGAAAGCUGCAGGAAAGGGAAGCCCAAUGCAUUCAAGCCGAGAAGCAAAUGAUGGAGCGAGCAAGUCUUUUGGACGAAAGAGAAAAAGAACUGAGCAUUGCAGCGCGGAAACAGAAGGAAGCUCAGGCUGCUGCGGACGCCUCCAACGAUAUCACCAAACGGCUUGAGGAGGAUGUGCAAAGACUGGAGCUCAACAACAUCAGGCUGGAGGCUUCUGCGAAGCAACACGCCAACAAAUUUGAUGCACUUCAGAAGGCGGCCCAGGAAGACGCAAGGAUGAGGGCUCAACUGGAGGACUUGGUGACAAAUCUUCAAAGCCGGAAGCUUACGCUGGAGGACCAACUCAGCAAAGAGGUGCAAAAGCACAGCGUGUUGUCCAACAGCGCCCAGGACACCCAACUCAUGUGGGAAGAGGAACUGAAGAGCCGCUCCAAGUUAGGACUGCGUCUAGCGGAGCUCGAAAAGGAAAAAAAUGAAAUCCACACCCAGGUGGAAAUGGAGAAAAAGAAAGCAGAGGAAUUAGCUGAGCAAAAAAGGGCCACAGACUGUCGUCUGGAACAGGAAAUGAAGAGAAAUUCAGAGAUUCAAAAGGAAUCGUACAGGCUACAAUCGAUUGCUAAAAUGGCUAAGAGGAAACUGCAGGAUCAGCAUAUGACUGGAGCGGACAAAGAAAAGUUAAGUCGCCAGGUGAACGAACUUCAGGCGGAGCUGGAGAAGGAAGUGUCCUCCCGCAGCCAGUUGGAGAGGACCAAGAGGCAGCUGGAGGAGGAGUUGCUGAGUCUGAGACGGAGCCAAGGACCCCCCUUGGACGGAGGCUGCCUAGCUUCGGCAGCCAACGCAAUGGGUCUCCAAUACAGAUGCCACUGCUGCAAAGCCCUCAGUCCUGUGAACGAAGGACCGAGCUACAGUGUGGAGGACUACCUGGCCAAGCAGAUGCGGCAAGACCUGGACGAAGCCAUGUCAAGAGAAUUAGCCAAUCCUUCUGUGAAACUGGACAUGUCUUCGGCCUGUGUGUCACCUGUGAGUAGAGCAAGGCAACAGUAUGCGAAUGUACUGAAGAAGAACCAUGAGGUAUAACCAGUUUGGAGCAAGACACCACAAUGGACGAUCUGAGGAGGUGGUGGUUUGGUUAAAAUGCCACCUCAACCCAACUUAGUCCAACUGCUUCUGGAUGGUGUUAGGUCACCGUAGUAAUAGUACAUUGACUGUAUUAGAAGACUACAUCUACUCCUUUGAAAUGAGCAUUUUCUAAGUGACAUCAAGUUUGAAACUAAACUUAAAAA